AUGUCAACGUUUAUAGGAAGGACUGGGAGGGCACUCUCUCGUCUCAAACUAUCUCCAAAUAUUGCACCAAAAUCCCGCUGUGGCUGUCCUUGGACAAGAGCCUUGACAUCAGGUCCUCCUUACCUCCCCCCGCGACAAUUCCCAACAUCAGGAUUUGUGAAAGUCGAUCCUGCAGAGAAGGUCGAAGAAGAAACACUUCCCUUUUAUGUUGCAGAUAAAUACUACCCGGUGAUAAUGGGUGAGGUCUUCGCAUCUAGGUACCAGGUCGUUUCCAAACUUGGUUAUGGAACGUCAUCUACCACUUGGCUUUGCCGCGACCUCCACGACCACGGAUUUAAUACUUUGAAAAUCUGUGCUUAUGAUCAAAAACCAAUACAAGAGAUGGCAGUCUCUGAUCGCCUAAAAAACGCCAGUGAUCACUCUGGAAAGAGCUUAGUUCGCCUUAUUCUUGAAUCAUUUCAAAUCACCGGUCCUCACAGAAAACACACCUGCUUAAUCUACCAGCCUCUAGGCGUGAGUUUUACUGAGCUUUGA